AUGUUAAGAUCGCCCGCAGAUAAGCAAAUCAAUACUUAUGGAUCGGCUCCAACCCUACUCCAAAAUAACGACGGCUGUAAUACACCCGAUAAUAGCACAUUACGAUCUACAAAAAGACGCCGUUGUGAAUGCGAUUGUGCAUCUACACCAGAGUCUAAGUUAGACGUUUUUAUAAAUUCACUAACGUCCUGGAAACACGAAACGGAUGUCAAAUUGUCGGGUAUUAUGGAGUCAAUAAACGAAAUAAAACAACUCAGCUCGGACCUACUGGCGUCUAACUCGGAAAUCGAGAAGUCCAUCGAGUUUUUAUCCUGUAAAUAUGAUGAGAUUUGUGGAGAACUCAAAAAUGUACACUCGCAAAACAUGAUUUAUGGUGACCGCCUAUCGAAAUUAGAGAACACUACAGAAGAGAUCGAACGCUUCUCCCGCUCCAGUUCAAUUGAAAUCCGCAAUCUGCCUAUUAAGCUGCCAUUAUCUCAAGACGAUCAAGUAGUAAUUGCCUGUCGCAUCUUCUCGGAGUUGUCUACUAAAGUCCAGACUUCUGAUAUUUAUGACAUCCGUUGUCUCCCCUCCAAGCAAGAUACUAAGACCGUACCUGUAACCCUCAACUCUGUCAUCUUAAAAAAACCAAAUCUUGAAGGCCUUCAAGGAAUACAAUAA